AUGGUUGUUCAGGCUCACAUUACACAGUUGCUGUCGCUAAAGCCGAUGACGAAGGGUUCCCAUGCAGAAUUGACCAGUUUACUUGAUGUAGUCGAAAAGCGAUUGGAAUCACUCGAGUUCCAUAGCUUGAAAAUGCAGGACAACUUGUCGGAGGCUCUGAUUGUCAAUUUGGUCAUUCCCAAGUUGGGUAUUGACACUAGAAAGGCUUGGGAGGCCACCGUGGAACACGGUAAGUUACCGAAGUAUAAGCAAACCAUGGAUUUUCUCCGACAGCAUUGUUAUAUGCUUGAACGGUGUGAGCAAUCGUUUGGAAAAUUAAAAAAUAUUCCGCCAAAUCCUCGAGUUGCUGGUAUUCUUAGUAAGGCGCACGCAGUAGCUAUUCAGCAGAAACCCAAUUGUGUGGUGUGCAACUCCGAUCAUCUAAUUGAGAUGUGUGACACGUUCAAAGGGCUUAAUAUAAAUAAUCGAUACAUGAAAGCGGAACAAAUGGGAUUAUGUUUCGCUUGUCUGGAACGAGGACAUGGCACUGCAAACUGUAAAACCGAUAGCAGCAAACUGUGUUCGUGCAAAAAGAAGCAUCACCCGCUCAUGCACUACGAUGAGAAGAAGGAGUCUACUGAAACGGCAACGGGCAGUGUUGAGACGAAAGGAGUUGCUGGAGGCUCCGAUUCAUCCAGUUUAGAGCAGAUCGUAGCCAAAUGCGAGGCUUCUGUUGUUCCGAAUCUCUCGGUGGAGCAGGUGCUUUUGGCAACGGCGGUAGUCGAUAUUUUCGACAGCAGAGGUGUUGCACAUAAAUGCCGUGCAAUGCUUGAUUCUGGUGCAAUGGCGAGUUUUGUAUCAGAAAGAAUCUGUGACUUGCUGGGUUUGCACAAAGAGAGUGUGAACGUUCCGGUUAUUGGCGUAAACGGAGCUAAAACUACAGUAAGGUUUAAAAUCAACGCUGUAGUGAAGUCUAGAACGAUGGAGUGCAGCUUUCCUCUGGAUUGUUUAGUGGUGCCUCGAGUUACGGGAGCAUUGCCAUCGAUGAAACUGGACACAUCUAGCUGGCUAAUUCCGGAGACUGUAAGGCUGGCUGACCCGCAGUUCUUUCAACCGAGUCGCGUUGAUUUGUUAAUCGGUGCCGAAAAAUUUUACGAAUUGCUUCAGGAUAAGAAGAUUGUCAUGUCAAAGGAUCUCCCCUUACUGCAAAAAAGUUUACUGGGAUGGCGUUUUUGGAUGAUCGAAGAGCAGGCGCACGACCCCUUGGAGAACGAUGACUGCGAGCGUCACUUCGAGGCAACGUAUGCUCGAGCAGAGGACGGAAGGUUUAUAGUACAGCUACCCUUCCGUGAAGAUGCGGGCAACCUUGGUGAAUCCCGUAAACGCUUCAAGGCAUUGGAAACCCGACUCGAACGAGACCCAGAAAUGAAAAAAAUGUAUUGCAACUUUAUACACGAGUAUAUUGAUCUCGGUCAUGCAAAAAUAUUAAAAACUGAUGAGAUAGAAAUUGAUGGUGCGUACUACAUGCCACACCAUGGCGUCUUUAAACCUGAUAGUUCGUCAACGAAAUUGAGAGUGGUCUUCAACGCGUCCGCUAAAACAACGACGAACUUAUCGCUGAACGAUGUUCUAAUGGAUGCUCCUAUCGUCCAGAGUCCAUUAUUCGACAUCAUUGUACGUUGGAGAAUGCCAAAGUAUGCAUUCACUGCGGAUGCCAGGCAGAUGUACAGACAGGUUUUGAUGCACCCUGCUCAUAUGAAAUACUUGAGAUGCCUGUUUCGGGAUGACAGGACGCAACCCUUAAUGGAUCUGGAGUUGCUCCGAGUGACGUAUGGGGUUGGCCCUGCUGGAUUCCUGGCCACACGAUCGCUAAUACAACUAGCUAAAGAUGAACAGAACGAUUUCCCGAAAGCCUGCGAGGUGGUUUUGAACUCGUUUUAUGUCGAUGAUGUGCUAACCGGAGCUGAUACGCUAGAAGAGGCGCAGAAGCUUCGUAAGGAUUUACUACUGCUACUGGGAAGAGGUGGUUUCAAGCUGCACAAAUGGUGCACGAGCGAAGCAGCCAUCCUGGAAGGAGUGCCAUUUGAGGAUCGAGACAAGCAAAUGUGUUACGAAAAAGGUGACGAGAGUGGUGUGAUAAAAACUCUCGGUGUGCUGUGGGACCCAGCGAAUGAUGUCUUUAUGUAUCGAGUGAAACCUAUGAAUGACUGUUCGUUACCUCAAACCAAGAGGCAAAUGCUCUCCGAAAUUGCCAGACUCUUUGACCCUCUCGGUGUGUUGGGUCCGACUAUAGUGUUGGCUAAAAUAAUAAUGCAGAGGUUAUGGUUGAAGAAAAUCGAUUGGGACGAGUUGAUUGCUAUUGAAGAGUUGAAGAUUUGGAACAAACUAAGAUUCGAGUUGUGCGCAAUCAACAAUCUGAAAAUACCUCGUCGUGUCACCGUUAAUAAUACUGCGGUUUACGAGAUACAUGGAUUCUCGGAUGCGUCUCGUUCCGCUUACGGUUGCUGUGUGUACUUGCGUUGCAUUACCGAAGAUGGCAUCAUUGAAGUGAAGUUACUGUGUGGCAAGUCACGAGUCGCACCAUUGAAGGAGUUGAACCGUGAGGAGAAGGAGGGAGCGCCGCUGGAAGAGUUAACCAUGCCAAGAUUAGAGCUACGUGCAGCAGCGCUGUUAGCAGACCAAGUAAAAAAAGUGCGCGAAAUCCUAGGUUCUAACAUUUCCCGUGUCAUACUGAGGUCCGAUUCGACAAUUGUGUUGAGUUGCAUUAAAAGUUCGAAACCGAACCUACGUGUGUUUGUCCGUAAUCGAAUCGCGGAAAUUCGAACGAAAGAGAAUCCGGCAGACUUAGUGUCCAGAGGGGUGCUCCCCAUUGAACUGAUGAAAAGUGACUUGUGGUGGAACGGACCAAAGUUCCUUCGUGCGAGUAUAACUGAAGAAACAUUGCAAGAAAAGACCAAAACCUUGAGUGAGGAAGUGAUUACAGUGACAGCGAUAACUGUGCCCGAAGAUGAGUUGUAUAAGGUAAUUCAGAAUAGUAGUAACUUUCGCCGCUUGCAAAGAGUAUUUGGUUAUGUCAUGCGAUUUAUCUCUAACUGUCGUGCAAGGCGCAGUAAAGAAAGGAUUCGCUGUGGAAAGCUGAACGCCACAGACUUUCGUAACUCAUUGUACACAAUGGUGAGGAUCGUACAAAAUGCGGUAUAUCGCGGCGAAAUCAAGAACGUUUUGAAAGGUGAGCCAGUGAACGGUAAAAUACGAAAUUUGUACCCUAUUCAUGAACCGAUUGGACGGUUGCUACGAGUAGGCGGUCGACUCAAGAAUGCUAUACUACCGUUCGACCAGAAGCAUCCGCUAAUACUACCGGAGAAAAACAGGUUCACUGAUUCUAUUAUUAAGGCUAUUCACCGCGAAGAGCUGCACGUUGGUCCGAAUGGUUUAUUGGCCAAAAUUCGACAACAGUUCUGGCCAGUAAAUGCGAAGCGUACCAUCAAACGUGUCUUGGGAAAGUGUCUUAAAUGCUUCAGGUUACACCCGAAGGAUGUACAGCAGUUCAUGGGCAAUUAUCCAAGCUCGCGUGUCGCUCCUGCUGAUCCGUUUGCUAGAACGGGAGUAGACUACGCUGGCCCCUUCCUGUCAAAGCAAGGGAGGGCGAAGGCUCGAAGCAAGGCGUACGUCAGUGUCUUUGUCUGUAUGACAACUAAAGCGAUUCAUUUAGAGUUGGUAAGCUCCUUAACUUCUGAUGCAUUCUUGGGUGCCUUACAUCGCUUUGUUGGGCGUCGCGGAAACGUCAAUGAGAUGUUUUCCGAUAACGGAACAAACUUUGUUGGAGCUGAGCGUCAAUUGGUUGAAUUGAAGGAGUUACUUAGAUCACAGAUGUUGGAAAGGAAACUCGAGGAAUUCUGUCAGCCUCGUGGAAUCUGUUGGAAGUUUAACACUCCGAAGGCUCCACACCAGGUGGGCUCUGGGAAGCUGGGGUAA